AUACUCGUUUCAUAUCCAGAUGUUGCGCUAUGGAUGAGAUAGGCAACCAACAUUGACACCAAGAAAGUUUUCGCACUGAUGAGAAGUUGUACAUCUGUGAUUGAAGCGUGGAGACUACAGAACCAAUCUCUGUGAUCUAUGAAUGGCAGUCCCUUUAAAAAUGGCUUUACAUUGGAGGUUUGAGUCAAAAAACUUGUUUUUAAAGUAAUUUUAAAAUGUUUGUAAGUUAUUUGAAAUGACAAACGAUAUAUUUUCCAUGCCAGUGUAGUUCCUUAAAUAGUAGUGCCAUUGCAAAAGGGCAUAAUUACAAAAUGAAGAUAAACGCUACAAGAAUGACUACUCCAAUUGAAGAAAAAGUACAUCAAAAGUUAAAAGUGAGGACUGGUAUGGUCGCUGUUAGUGAUGGUAAAAGCAGACCAACUGCGGUUCAAUUGCAUCUUUCAAUGGAAGUUUUACGUCUUCAGAAGGAAGAACCUCUACCUAUAGAACCAAAGCCUUUAAACGCAAAGGAGAGGAUGGUUCAGAUAAGGCGACAAAAAAUUGGUGGCCUAGGACUAAGCAUAAAAGGUGGUGCCGAGCAUAAGCUUCCUAUACUUAUAUCUAGGAUUUAUAAGAAUCAAGCUGCUGACCAAACUGGGGAGCUUUUUGUGGGAGAUGCAAUUAUAAAAGUAAAUGGAGAAUACAUUACUGCUUGUCCUCAUGAUGAUGCUGUAAAUAUUUUGAGAAAUGCGGGAGAUUUGGUUGUGUUAACAGUAAAGCAUUACAAAGCUGCUACACCCUUUCUUCAAAAGCAAGAUGACAAGGAAUCGCAGAACACAGACAGUAAUAGUGAAAGAGAAGCUUCAGAUGAAAGUUUUAGAGUCCCCUCAAAUAGUACAAGCAGUAGACCUAGUUCGAUAUGCUCUGAAACGGACCAAGAACCAACCCAGACCCACUGGGUGGAUUUAAUAGCUGUGCCUUUAAUGAUGGCAUAUGUUACAAGAUACAUUUUUGGCACUGACAAAUUAAGACCCAAUGCGUUCGAAGUAAGGGGUUUAAAUGGGGUUAGUACUGGUAUUAUACAAUGUGAUGAUUCAGCAAUUCUAUCGCAGUGGUUAAAGUAUAUUACAGAUAAUAUAAUAGGGUUAACAAAUUUACAGAUGAAAUUGUACAAUCGCAAUUUUGGAGUUUCUGAUAGAAUAGAGUACAUGGGUUGGGUAAACGAGUGUGUACUGAACAACAAUCAGCCUUGGCAAAAUUACAAAGCAAGAUUUUUAGCUUUAAAAGGGACCGAUCUUAUUUUGUUUGAUUCUCCCCCUCUGAAUAUUGGCGACUGGAGUAAAUCCUCCUUGACAUUUAAAGUGUAUCAGACCAUGUUUCGAAUUGUUAAAGAGUCUGAAAAUGUAGACGAACGUCAGCAUUGUUUUUUAGUUCAGACCUCAGGACAAGACUCUCGAUAUUUCUCAGUGGAAACACGACAGGAACUGUUAAGGAUCGAAAAUGCGUGGCAUUGUUCCGUUUGCACAGCUGUAAUGAAGCUUGGCUCAAAAACAUUUACUGUGAGCAGCAACGGCAAGACAGCGGGCUUAACUUUAGACUGGAAUAUAGGAUUUUCAUUAUAUGAAGGCGAGUCGAAAGCUCCAUUAUGGCAAUACAAAUUUUCUCAGUUGCGAGGCUCUUCUGAUGACGGGAAAUCAAAACUCAAGUUACAUUUCCAGGAUAUGGAAACCAAAGUCAUUGAAACGAAGGAACUGGAGUGUUCGAUUUUGCAAAGUCUUCUCUACUGUAUGCAUGCCUUUUUAACUGCUAAAGUAGCAUCAGUGGAUCCAGGAUUUCUCUGUUCAAUGCUCCCUUAAGAUAAAUUAAGUAAAUUGUACUGAUUUUCCUAGUGAUUGUAUUAAACCUAGUUAAAGUGGGGUUGUAGGGGGUCAAACAAAUAGACAAAUAGACAACCCCCUUGAAAGGUUUUAGGCCACAGUAAUUUCGUUCAAAUUGCAGUGUUACAAAGUUAAGGAGUAAAAGCUAUGACUAGUAUUGAAAAUGUGCACAACAGUUACUAAGCACCAAAAAUCUUAUUUUAUUCAUCCAAAAACUGUGGUGGAAGAUUCAUACAAUACUAACAUUGGAAUCUUUGCCCAAAAUGAUUAUCGGAGUGACUUUUACAAGGAUUCUCAAUGCUGAUCUUUUGUGCAACAAUUUCCAGCGAUAAUAGACAAACUACCAAACAAAAGAAAAAAUAUCUUUAAUAUAGGAUGGAUCUUUUAAUAUAGGAUUGUGCUUUUUUCGCGGUAAUAUCAUUCAAACUACGACGUAACUGUUAACGUUAACUUAUAUUUUCAGUGCUAUACAAAGUAUCUCAGAGAAGUGAGAAAUAAAAAAUAUUAGCUCUGAUAUUUUUUAAACGGUGAUUAUUUCAUGUCAUUCGUAGCAUAAAUUUUUUUGUUUAUUUAUAUCUGUCAUAAUUUCUAAAACAUUUACAUUUUUGUAUUAAAGUUCGCAGUUUCAUAUUUCCGCCAAAAAUCACAAUCCUACAUCAAAAACUUGUAUUUAAAAAACAAGGGAUUUCCCGUAAUAUUUAUCACGCAAAAUAUCUCUAUAAUUCGUCCCACAAUUCAAAUAUGGAGAAACAUAUAGGGAGCAACCAUAGAAAACAUAACCUCACUUCUCUAGAAAUUUAUAUUCUUGUUUAUAUGAAAAUAAUUAUAGGUGUUAUACAAUUUACAAAACUUCUGGAUUCCUCCUACAUCGGUUGUUGUUGAGUCGAACUUACCAAAGUGUCGCCAAUCAUCCGAUUGGCUUCUUCAGAGCUUAAUUGAAAGUGAAACAGUUUGAUGAUUAUUAGAUGUUUCAGUCUCAGUUAAGCUCUGAAGACGCCAACAGGAUGAUUAGCGAAACGUUAGCAAGUUCGACUCAACAAAAACCGACGUACGAGAAAUGGUAAAUUAUUUUUUCUUUAAUAAGGGGUUCAAAUCUAAGGAACGCACUAUUGAGACAUCCUCUAUACCGCUUGUUUUGAAUUGCAAAAAAUAACAGUUCCCAAUAGAAAUGAGACAUCCUAGCAACUUUCCAGUAUACUAAAAGCCAAUGCUCACGGCGAUGUUUUCUAGUACAAUUUUAUAUAUGCGUAGGUUAAUUGAUGUUGUUUUACGUUUAUAUUAUCAAUUUUUAGCCCUUCUUUCAUUUUUGUUUUCUGAAAAUGGCAGUCAACUGGUUGCAAAAAAACAUCGCCAUUUAUUUAUCAUUUAUUAGUAAAAUUGUCUAGACAUUUGCAUUUCCAGCAAACAAUUAUUAAAUAGAAGCAAAAUAUUGGGUUGCCCUUAGUUUUUAAUUAGUUUUAUAAACCAAGCCAUGCGUUCAAAUUACUUUAAAAUUAUUGCCUGUUUUGUUUAAUUUUUAUUGGUAAGCUUAAACGGACGGCUUUCGUUUAUAAAACUCCCAGUUACGAAUAUCCAGAAGUGACCCAUGCGGUUAAAUUUAGAGAUCGACUUAUUUAUUAUGAUGUGGCAAUGGCACUCUUUCAGCAGUCAGCUGAUGCAAAUAUCCAGAAAAACACCAAACAAAAGCUAAAGCGAUAAUUAUAUUUUAUGCAUAUGUGGAAAUAUCAUUACACCAAAUUUCUGUAUUUAUUUUUUUAAAUUGGUAAUAAUAAUAAUUCUUAUACAUUUUUUUUCAAACCACCACGUAGACAAAAAAACUUGGAAGACAAAACUAGAUGUAAAUUCGGUUUUAAAACGGGUUAGCGAAAAAUGUCGAUACCGCGGAUUACUGUCGUGCGUUGUUAAUGUUAAGUCGAGUUAUGUAUCUCGGCAAUGGCAAAAACAUCGGAAAAUGUUAAAUUUUAUAAAAUAUAUUAAACAGAACAGAAGGACUAGCAACUAGGAAAAUACUUGCCCAUAUCAAUCCUUAGUUUGUUAGUAUCACAUUUAUGAGACUGUGUGCAAAUGUUCGUCUUUUUUCUCUUUUCUUUCAUUAUCAUAUCUAUAUUUUGGAAGGUCUCACACCUAUAACUAGACACGUACUGAACAGCGCCUGAUAACCGAAUCCCACUGCGUAUUUCACCCCACACCAAUUUGUACACGUACCACCUCAAAUCACCGCUUUUUUUUAUUACCCAAGUUGUAAAUCAUUGGAGAAAAAAUAUUUUCAAGAAACAUAAUUCCCGAUCUGGCGGCAUCUUUUGACGAGCUGCAAAUUUAUGCGAAACACAGAGCUCGAUACUUUGUCCGAUCGUCUCGUCUACGGUACUUCAUUGGUCCAUUGUAUUAGAAAAGUGCACAUGUCCUCAAGUUUAUUUUUUUUAUUAUUGACGCCGUAGAUUUGCCACACUUAACAAGAGACUUCUUAUAGUUUACUCGUAGACAAUCGCUGAUCCCCAGUAGCCGCCCUAGUAAUUAAAAUAAAAUAAAAUAAACCUUAUUCCAUUUUAAUUAUUUUUUUAAGCGGUCCACAGAAAUGGAAGCAGACGGGUUUUCAGUUUUUCCUCAUAAAUAAAUCGAGAUUGCUUAAGCUAAAAUAAAAUACAAAAAUUCAAAAAACAGUACCGUUUGAAGAUCUAUCUUAUCGACAACCGCAAAUGAAGGUGUCAGAUUUGAUCAAAAUCGUUGCGUUUUGAGUAAUGGCGUCCAUAAGAAAAAUUGACGUUUCAAGAGAAACGAAACGCCGUAACCGAGUUCUCUAUGCAACCACCGACACAGUUUUUGAUGAUACCAGAAAUACCAGACUACCCAGUAUUCAAAAUGUUCAAUUCUACCUUGUAUGAUAAAACCCAAAUGGGCUUAUAAUUUUUUUGCUGUGAAAAGCUAGACAUUUUUUUCUUACGUAAUGUUUUUUUUAAUGUAAUUAAACGUGUAAAAAAACUAAUAUUUACAUUUAUAUUAAAGUUGAUGAAAGAUAGGAGGUUUCGAUUGUCUCUUGUCCCGUGAAGAAUUUUCUAUUGGGAACUAAUAUUUUCAUUUUGCGAUAAGCGAUUGCAAUCAGCUAAUGUAGGAGUAGAAAAUCUCAACGAAAAUUAAGUACGCUAAUUGCAAAUUUUCCUGUAUUUUCAUUGAGAUCUUAAGAACUCACCGGAGAAAUUUUAGAAUGAAAAAAAGACACUUCGUCGUUCACUUAAAUGUACUAAGCUAUCAACUGCAAUAAAGCUUUAAAAAAAAAUUUAAUUCAAUGUAAAAAACGAAAUUAUCGUUAGAUAAUUAUAUAUUAUUUUAGAUGUAUUAAUUGAACGGACCUCCACUUUUGUCUUUGCUCCCUGCGUCCGAUCCCCACUCUUACGAAAGUGAAUUAGGGGUGAUUAGUUAACAUGAAGUUACAUAGUUAGAUGUUUCAAGAUUAAAAACUUCGAAAAACGCUGCAUAAAAGUAGAUUUUAUAGGUACGUGUAGACACGAGCACAAUUAUGAGAUCAUAAGAGUGAUAUAUAAAGUAGUUAAACUUAGGAGUUACCUGAAUCGCCCUCGUACGGAUUAGGUACAUUAUGUAGUAUACUUAUUAAGUAUACCUGGCCAGCGGCGUCAAGCUGUGUUCAAAGUAACGGAAGUUGCAUCGGGUUGGUUAAAAAUACACUUAUUUUUAUGUACAUUGGAAAUUGUUACAUUCGUGUUACUUAGAGUCGUUUUCGUGACUAUCGAUUGAGUCAUAGAUUUAGCUAUUUGUUAUACCUUCAUAGUUAAAAUAAAAAUUAUUUUCUCUAAUAUACGGUGGGCUUGUGUGUGUUAUAUUACACUUAGUGUGACGUUAUCGAAAAUACUAUCAAAAUGUGAAUUUUACACAUUUAUUUAAAUUUGUGUAAUUUAAAUUGGACGAAAUUUUGAACAUAUAAGUAAAGUUUUAUCGCCCUUCAUCAACAUAUCAUCUUAAUGUAAUGAAUAGUCAAUCUUUUCAAUUAAAUAAGUCUAAUUAGCAAUAAGGUUGCCUGUAAUUUACCGUUUUCAGAAUCGAAAGUUUAUCAUAGUCAUCAUUUACUCGAAUACUAGCAUUUUGUGAUUUAAAAGAUCUUUGUUGUUUUAUUCAUAAGCUGUUGUUAAUAAACCAAAUACAAAUUGUUUAAAACGACUUUAAUUGUAGCUUUUGCUUUCGUACGCCCGAUGUAUGGGUUUGAAGCAUUUACUAUAAUGGUUGUGAUUAAAAAACUUACGUAGUCAUUAUUUGCGAAUUACUUUAGAUAUAUCCUUGCGAAGACUUAUUUAGAUCGAUUCUUCUUUGUAAUUAAUUAAUGUAAAACAUUAAUAACCGUUGACAAUAUAAAUAAAUUUAUUUAGU